AGCCCAUGAAUCAGGAAACUCAUAAAACCCUGAAAGCCCAGUUGUCCACUUCCCACAGACGCGCCAUUUCUCCGGCAGGCGGCCAAUCGUCUCCGGUGAUUUUGAGUUCCCGCGAGCUCGUCUUUCUUCCUCUUCUACUCCUUCGGUCUUAGCUCCAGAUCCUUCGACAAUGGCGGUAGCAGCUGCUUAUCUUUUUCUGUUUGCUUCCAUUCUGGCAUCUCUCUUAGCUGGUACCUCUCAAGCUCAACCAGUCGCCGAGCACAGCAGCAGCUUGAUCGGUCAAUUGCACGAAGCCAAGCUCAAGCUCGCGCGAUUAGAAUCUGAUUUCGAGCAAAUCGCCCGCGAUGUGGAAGCUAGAGACCGUGGACUUGAGGAGAGCGGUAAACAGAUCGAGGAGAUGGAGAAGAAGCUCGUUGAUCUUCAGGCUGCUCACACGAAGCUCAAGGAUGAACUAUCAGCUGGAGAUGGAACCAUUAUUGCGCUGGAGAAAGAGAUACGGGAUCUAUGGGAUACGUUGAGGAAGAACAACUUCGAUAUCCAUGUCUUGAAAUUGAAAGCUGAAGAAUAUGAUACGUUUCUGGAUACACUUACUUCACAUGUUGAGAAGGCAGAAAAUAUCGUUGCAGAACGGUGGAUCCUGAUUCAGCAGUUUGAGCAGGCUCUUCAGCUCCUCGAUAUGAAGGUAAUGAAAGCUCGGAAGCAAAGGUAUUCAAGAUGCACAUUCUUGAAGUACAUAAAUGACCUGAAUGGAAAGCAUAUUUCGAAAGCAAUUCAAACUUCAAAGCGAUUUGGUGAAGAAUCUGGCUUCAGUUCCUACAUAUCCUCCUCUCUCGAGCAGCUGAAGAGACUCUACUCAACAGUCCAAGAGUUUCACUUUGAGCUGCAGAGUUUAGUGAGGCAAAUAAUGGAAGACUAUGAGUUUACCGAGUCUAUGGCCAAUGACGAGGUAGUGUUCUUCGUGGCUUCUGCUUUGCUCGUGUUCCCGGUAUUAAGUGCAUGGGUACUCCUAUCGUCUCACCUACUGUAGAGUCUGGUAAGGACUAAAACUACCUCGUACACUUUAGGAGAGAACUCAGACUUUCGGGCUAACUUCGUCGUGUCGAUGUUCUAGUUCUAGGGUAAAACUUGUGUAGAUCCUUCUGUGCAAAGUCUGCCUGCGGCUUCUGAAUUUAGGAGCUUGCAAAAAGUUCAUGUAGUACUCUAGUACUAUUGAGUAUGAGGAUCACUGCCUCGUCUGAUGGAACUUAGGAAGCAAGUCAUCAGUUGUGUCAAACUGUAAAUGAAUUCUGUCUCUCUGUGGCCAGGAAAGUGGUUAGUUAAAAGCAGGUAACGAAGAAUGAAUCGUCGUCGUGUUUUGGGGAUUUUCUCCGGUUGCUAUACACUUCUAUUGGGCUGGGCUUGACUCGUGUGUGGUGUGUGGGGUAAUGUUGCUCAGUAAUCAUUGGCAUUGCUUCACGGUAGUGUAAAGGCCCAUUGAAAUUUGCAAGCUCCAAAGUCCAAAUGCUAAAUAACAAUAUUCAGAUGUAUUAUGUUGAAGGUUAAAAUGCAUGAAUUCAUGAAAAAAGAACACAUUUAUUUGUAUUGUAAGUAUUUCCAAAAAAAAAUUCAAGUAUACCCAACUACCUACUGAUAACUUUAAUGGCUAAAAUUAUGUGUAAAAAUGCGUUGUAGUUCUAGUUUAUAUAAGUUUAUCAAUUAAAUAUUUUGAACUAAAUUUUCAAAUUCAACACUUAGAGGUACCAUACUUUUAGACCAUGUAUACCCAUCUAUGUAGGAAACAAUAAAGGCUACUAAUUUUACUUGAUGUGCUGAUAAAUACAGAAGAGACUUCUCGAAUCAUGUUUAAAGCGCAUCUCAAAGCAAUACCUCAGUCGAUUUUAAGGACAAGUAUUCCAUAGCAACCCUUGUCUGCUCUGCUCAUAUGAAUUUGUUUAACAUUCUAGUUAGGGGUGUCCAUUCGGGUUCGGUUUUGGAUUCGGUUUUGCUUAUCGGUUUUUCGGGUUCCGUCUAAAAUCCUCCAAUGAAUAGAACUCAACACGUAUUCUUAGGCGUUCGGGUUUUUGGGUUUCGGUUUUGCUUUAACCGAACCCGAAUCCGAUAAGGAAUUUUUGGGUUUCGGGUAACCGGAACCCGCAAGUCCUUAUCGGGUUCGGGUUCGGUUUUAAUGGUUUUCUGUUUUGGAAUUUUGGAUUUUUUCGGGUUUCGGUUCGGGUAACCGAACCCGACCCGAACCGACACCCCUAAUUCUAGUAUUCUAACACCAAGCUAAGCGUCCAAUACUAUAAAGUUGGAUCCACGUCACCAUCAAUCAUGAAAACGAGGGACAAUUAAACAAACAAGCAAAAGAAAGUUUCUUUUUUAUUAAUGUUUCCUGACGAGCUCAAUUCCAGGCGUCAAUCUUCUCUAAUUAAACAACAAACCCCUAACACAAUAGUCAAAGUUAGUAGGCUCUUUGAAACAACUUCUAGAGGUCACCGGGUCAACACAUGAUCUAUUCCGGUAUCGUACUUACCAGCAUUUUAAUCACGUAAACCAUCUAUCGUCGAAAUGGUCGUUAUAGUCUACACAUACAGUAAGAGUUUGUACCAAUGAUUACAACGCGGUCAAAUUAUCUAUAGGCGGCAUAUUAACGUACCAUGUAACCCGAUUAAAUUAUGGUUCUUCCCAUUGAAAUCAUGGUUCCACACUAGUAACUUCUUCUCUCUACUUUAAGCUGUUCUUCUCUUCCUCCCGUUUUUCUUUUGCCUUUUUCUUUCUCAAUUUGGAUCUCUGGUUUUGUCAUACCAAACGACUUUGUGGCUUUGUCCCACCUUCCUUCCAUCAUGAAUUGGCAAUCACUAGCUAGGACGUGUAAUCGGCACCAAAUCGAAAGUUCUCUUCCGCUAGUCACGGAAAAGCCAGACCGCGCCUAAACCCAAGAAGAAAAAAAGCACACUCGAAACAAAAGCAAAAGAGCAGCUAAAGAUAUAGAGGAAAAAGAAAAAGGAGCUUCUUAAUCUAAUUGGAGUAUUUGGUCAAAGGAUACAAAGAACAAUCGUUGACAAAAAAGGCUCGACCACCUAUGAGAAAAAGAGAAAAUAAACUAAUUACUUUUUUUUUUUAUGGAUAUGAAUGUUAAUUAUAGUCCUUCGAUAAAGUUACUUCAUGAAAGAAAACAUAAAAUUAUAUUAAUUAUUAUUUCGGACUUAAAUCGAUUGCUAAUAUGAGGUUGUUGAAAUUCCAAUGUAAAAGCUCUUGAUCAUCACAUACUCUAAUAUCAUGUUAAAAAUCCAACCGGUUUCAAUAAUUUUAAAUUGGUAUACGAGAUUAUCCUUCUCCGGAACCAGAAACUCGAUUAGGAUUAGCAUAGGGUUGGUUUCGUUAGUCUAUAACCGGUUUCAGCAUGAGCGAAGCCAUGUAUGUUGUGAGGAAUUUGUAAUAAAUUUGAGAAUCAAAA